AUGGAGAAAACCGACACCACCAUCAACACAAGUGCAACACACCGCGAGAAUGAGAAGCCUCGGGUGCUUGAUAAGACGGAAAAGAGGCCAGGGUCGGUAAGGAGCGAUGCUGGGGCCAACGUUCAGGGAGACGAAAAGAACAAAGAACUCGAUGGCGAUUCGCGACGGAGUCAGGAUGCAAGCACGCCAAAGGCCACAGAUGUAAAGGAAGCAGGAGACAAGAAACAGACAUCAACUGCUGUUGCAAAUGAAAACGGUGCACCAGAUGAAGAGAUGGAAGACGAAUCAAAGUACCUCACCGGUUUCAAACUCGCAAUUCUCUCCAUUGGCCUCUGUCUCACAACCUUCGUCAUCGCCCUCGACAACACCAUAAUUGCAACUGCCAUCCCCAAGAUCACAUCAGUGUUCAAUAGCCUCGAAGAUGUUGGGUGGUACGGCUCUUCAUAUCUACUCACGACAACAUCACUGCAACCGUCCUUCGGGAGAGUGUAUACGUACUUUGAUGUCAAGUAUACGUACCUGUCCGCGUUGGUCAUAUUUGAGGUUGGAUCGAUCAUCUGUGCGGUUGCGACCAGCUCGCCCAUGUUCAUCGUCGGACGAGCCAUCGCGGGCGCUGGAGCUGCGGCGUUGUAUUCGGGAGGAAUGAACAUCAUUGGCUUUUCAGUGCCACUACGAAAACGAGCCAUAUACAUCGCCGCGCUGUCGUCCAUGUUCGGAAUUGCGAGUGUUGUCGGACCUAUCCUCGGUGGAGCGUUCACAGAUCGACUGUCCUGGCGCUGGUGCUUUUGGAUAAACCUCCCGUUUGGUGCUGUCUCACUUGCCGUCGUAUUCUUCUUCUUCACGAAUCCAGAACGACAGUACAACCAUCUGUCGGUCAAGGAAAGACUGAAGAACAUCGAUAUUGCAGGUUCUAUAUUUCUGAUCUGUGCAAUUGUAUGUUUACUGUUGGCGUUGCAGUGGGGAGGCUUCACAUAUACGUGGAAGAACUCAAAAGUAUGGGGCACAUUGAUGGGAUUCUUCUUGCUCAUCGCCGUUUUUAUCGUGAUCCAGAUCUACCAGAAAGAUCGAGCAACGAUCCCAAUCCGCGUAUUUAAGCAGCAGACUGUGUUGGUCAGCUGCGUUUACUCUGCGCUAUUGUCUAUGGCUCUGUACACGCAUAUCUUCUACCUUCCCUUCUACUUCCAGGCCAUCAAAGGCACCACAGCCGAAGAGUCAGGAAUCCGCACCAUCGCCUACCUCGUCAGCAUAACGUGCUCUUCCAUUGUCAUCGGCGGCCUCAUCACCGUAGUAGGCUGGUACGCACCAUUCAUGUGGUUUGGCAGCGCAGUCUUCACCAUCGGCGCAGGCAUGCUAUACACUCUCAAAGUCGGUUCGCCCGCGGGACAAUGGAUAGGCUAUCAGAUCCUCGCUGGCAUUGGCGCAGGAGCUGGUGUGCAAAUCCCAUUUGUCGCAGUGCAAGUUGUCACUAGCGAGAAAGAUAUGCCUACGGCGAAUGCUUGCGUCAUGUUCUUCAACUCGCUAGGUGGCGCACUCAGCAUCUCCAUUGCACAGAACAUCUUCGUUAAUACGCUGUCCAAGGAGAUUCCUAAAUACGUGCCGGGCUUCGAUCCGAAGAUCAUCGCCAAGGCGGGAGCGACUAAUAUCAGGAAGGUUGUGCCGCCAGAGUUGUUACCGGGAGUUUUACACGGGUAUAACAAUGCUAUUGUUACGGCUUUUAUACUGGCGAUUGCAACAAGUAGUAUUGCGUUUUUUGUCAGUUUGGGUAUGGAGCGGAAGAGUGUGAAGGGGAAGAAGAUCCUUCAAGGUGGUGGGGCUUAG